CUCUUUUCACCGCGCUCUCUAAAAACAAUAUUUUGCUUUCUAUCAUUUUUUUCACACACCCACACACACCUUAACAAAUCCUCUUCUCUUCAAGCACAUUAUCAACAAUGGUCUCUCGCACUUUCUGGGUCGGUGGUAACUGGAAGAUGAACGGCUCCGUCGCCGCCAUCAAGGACCUCGCCACCACUUUCAACGCCGGCAGCUCGCCCUCAGACGUCGAGGUUGUCAUCGGCGCCCCCUUUGUCUACGUGCACCUCCUCUCCGAAUCCCUGCGCAAGGACUGGGCUGUCGCCGGCGAGAACUGCUAUGUGGAGUCCAGCGGCGCCUACACUGGCGAGAUCAGCCCCGAGAUGCUCAAGGAUGUCGGAGCCCAGUGGGUCAUCCUCGGCCACUCCGAGCGCCGCAGCAUCCUCGGCGAGUCCGACGAUUUUACCGCGCAAAAGUGCGUCAAGGCCCUGGCUGCCGGCCUCAAGGUCGCCUUGUGUGUUGGCGAGCUUCUCGAGGAGCGUGAGGCUGGAAUCACCCAGCAGGUUGUCGAGCGCCAGCUGGAUGCCGUCAUCAAGGUGCUCAAGGAGGAGGACUGGGCUAACGUUGUCAUUGCCUACGAGCCCGUCUGGGCCAUUGGUACCGGCAAGGUCGCUACGCCCGACCAGGCCCAGGAGACCCAUGCUGCCAUCCGCGAGUACCUGAAGAAGGCUAUUUCGCCCAAGGUCGCCGAGGAGACCCGUAUUGCAUACGGUGGCUCGGUCAACGGCAAGAACUGCAAGGAGGCCGCCCAGAAGCCCGACGUCGAUGGUUUCCUCGUCGGCGGUGCCUCGCUCAAGCCCGAGUUCCUUGAUAUCGUCAAUGCCACCCAGUAAUUUUAAAUAAUUUUCCCAUUACCUUUUUCUAUACUUGCAGUCUUUUGACUGGGAAGAAAAAUAAAUAUUAUCUUUAAAAUAAAAAGCA